GCACGCCGAGGUGCGCAUGUGGCCGCGGAGGAGCAGACGCAUCACCCGGCUUGUCUCUUUAAAACUCCCCUCUGUCGGGACUCUGAGAACAUCUAACGCUCCGUUUAAACUUUGGGGCUGAUCAGACCUGCGCACACCGGGUCUGGUCGGAUUCAACCGCACCGACAUAGGUGAGCGUGUGUGUGUAUGUGUGUGUGUGUAUGUGUGUGUGUUUCUGUGUGCGCCUGCAUGAUGUCGAGGGAGAGGUUUGCCUCAUUAUCUCAUUCCAGAGACCCCAGACAGCAAUAGAUCCUCCCACCGGUCUGUGUCUAUUUAUACGGUUGGAGAGUGCUGCCGUGGGUCGUGAUAACUGGACGCGACUGAGUGAGGACAGAGAGAUAAAUCACAGCACGCGCCGUCUCUGGCCCAGGCUGCAGCCAUGCCUCUUCUGGAAGAGACCACUCUGCCUCAAGAGCACCCUCCUACCUUCCCUGUGGUCAUUAUCGGAAAUGGUCCAUCAGGCAUUUGUCUGUCCUACCUGUUAAGUGGAUACAAGCCCUACCUGGACACUGCAACUGUUCACCCUAACCCGAUUCUCUACAGGAAGCUGCAGGAGGCCAAGCAUCUCCCCAUCACUGAACAGGAUAUGGAAUACUUGAGCGAAGGUCUCGAGGGUCGGUCAAGGAAUCCCGUGGCCGUGCUAUUUGAUACACUACUACACCCCAAUGCUGACUUUGGCUACGAGUUCCCACCAGUCCUCAAGUGGAGAAAGGACAAGAAUCAACAAAUCCCACAUCUGGUUCUGGGAAAGGGAACACCUGGGGGUGCUUGGCAUGCAAUGGAAGGCUCCAUGUUGACUGUUAGUCUUGGCAUCUGGAUGGAGCUUCCUGGAGUCAACUACAGAGAUUUAACCAAUGGGCAACGAAGGGAUGUAACUAGUGACAGAGCUACCCCAGAGGAGAUAUCAUCUUACUACAAAGACUAUGUGAAGCUAAAGGGUCUGCAAAAGAAUUUUGUUGAAAACACUUAUGUGACCUCUGUUCAGAAACUUUUCCGGGGGAAUGAGUUAGAUGGUCUGGAAAAUGGCCAAAAUGAUCAAAGGAUGGUUGAAGGUGGGAAUGGGCGCUUUGAGGAGAAUGGCAAAGAGUGUGAAAACAAUGGAGGAGGAGGAGGCACUCUAUGGGAAAUCCGAGGUUAUCGCCAGGUACAGAAUGACACUCAUGUCUCGUUCUCCCUGUUUGCUGAGAACGUUGUCCUGGCCACUGGUGCAUCCGAUUCUCCAGUCCGAUUAGGUGUAGAGGGGGAAGAUCUACCUUUUGUAUUCCACAGUAUCUCAGACCUGGGCUUGGCUGUAAGCCAGGGAAAACUGGAUGUAAACUCUGAUCCGGUUUUAGUUGUAGGCGCUGGUUUAAGUGCUGCCGACGCAGUUCUGUGUGCAUGUAAUAGCAAAAUUAGAGUGCUCCAUGCUUUCCGGAAGAACAUUGACAACCAAGACCUCAUCUUUAAGCAACUUCCCAAGACCCUGUACCCAGAAUACCACAAAGUGUACAACAUGAUGUCUUCCCAGACCUGUACCAAUGUGGCUUCCUCGUCCUCCUCCAACAGACCCCAGGCAGUUAGCAUUGCCACUUCAGUAUGUGCCAAGAUGUGCCCUAAACCCCAGUUUUCUGCAGGGAGCACUACUGUAGAUUCUGGCAUCACCCUUUUCCCCGAUUACACCAGUUUCCCCGAACACUGUGUGGUCUCGUUCCAGUCUGACAUGAAGUGUCUGCUACAAGGGGACAACUCUCUUAAAGCGUUCAAGAUCUCAAUGGCCCUGAUCUUGAUCGGGACCAACCCCAACUUGUUCUUCCUUAAAGAUCAGGGCCAGUACCUGGGACAGGACCCGACCAGACCGAUCUCCUGCAAGCAGAACCCCAUCGACAUCAACCCUUACACCUUUGAGUGCACCAAGGAGCCAGGGCUGUUUGCCAUGGGCCCGUUGGUGGGAGACAAUUUUGUCCGAUUUCUGAAGGGCGGCGCUUUAGGCAUCGCCUCCUGUCUGCUGAAAAGACUCAAGAAGAGAGACAAGCUUAUAAGCAAUGGGGUGAAGAACUUCAUUUAAAAAGAUUCAGGAAAACAUAAGAGUCUGGUCUUAAUGCACAGGUUUCAUGGAGAAAAAGACUGGUAAAAUCCAUUUUUUUUAAAUCUACUUUGAUCAUUGAUGCAGUGUUUUAUCAUCUAAGCUUAUAGGUUUUCUAUGUUCAUGAAGCCAAAAAGACAGUGGAUGUACACUAGUUUGUCUGACUUAAUAUGAAGUUUCAGUUGGUUCAGGAUAAUGUGUGCCAAUUGUUUAUAGCUGAUCUGUCAUUAUAUAACAAUACUGGACCUAGUUUUAAUCAGGGUUAUUUCUCUAUUCUCAGUGUGUCUUUAGGCAGUCUACUAACAACUCUAGAGUUAACAUUCAAAGCAAAGAACUUUAGAUGAUAUAUAUCCUGAAAGCUGGUACCUGUAGACAUGUAAUCGAUAGCUGCUACACUGACAUGCGUCCCAUUUACAAAAACAUAUCAAGUGGUGGUAUCUGCACCAUAACACAGACAACAGAUGAACAACAGCCGACCCAACAGGUUAAGGUCUAAAAGAGGUCUUAAGGGCUCUAAUUAUUGAAGCUUUUCUCUUUUUAUUCCAGUAGAUUCUCGUUUUAGCUUCUGAUGUAAUUAAAGCCAGAUUAGUACAAUUAGUUUGGUGAUAUUACAACUCAAAAUGCUUUCUAUGCAAAUGCAAUGCCAUGCAAAACUAUUCAGAACCCUUGAAAUUCGUCGCAUUUUGUCACACAACUUGAAACCUGAAUGUAUUAUAUUUUGGAUUUUAUGUAAAAGAUCAACAUGGUUGAGGAACAGAGGAAAUCCAGUUUUCAAAAAAGUCUAUAAGUGUAGCCUGCAUAUAUAUUCAGACCUCUUUAUUCACAUACCUCUAAACAGAAUACAGUCCAAACAAUUUUCUUCAGAAAUCGCCCAACCAUUGAAAACCAUAAAUGAAUCUUAGUACAACUUUUCAA